AUGGAGGGCAACGACUUCUGGGAACGGAGGAGGAGAUUUCUCCUCCUUUCAGGUGCACUAGAGCUUCAUCAGAGCAGCUUUGUCUCCAAUUUGACAGAAGAGGGUCGCCAAAGGCGGCAGCGCUCCCUUCCAAGACCAGCCCUUCUUUUCCCUGCUGAUUCGCCCUGGCAGAGACUUUAUAGCUCUGGCAACAAUCAAGCUCUGAUAACCACUACUGGAUUUGAUCAUCGUGCGUUCCAUGAGCUGCUGAAAUAUUUCGAACCAUGGUUCAACAGUCACAGUCCAUGGACUGGCAGUCAGGAUGGAACGACUUGUCGUCGAUUGAAAAGACGUGGUCGUGCUGGUAGACGCCGCAUUAUCGAUGCUCCAAAGUGUCUUGGCUUGGUGCUGACUUGGUACAGGUUUCGUGGGGGAGAGUACAUUCUCCAGGGCUGGUUUGGUUUUACAGGCACACAUGCCAACGUUUGGCUUCGAUUUGGAAGACGCGGUCUCUUAUGUGUGCUUGGCAAUCAGCCGUUCUGCAAAGUGCAAAUUCCAGAAGAUGCCAAGAUCCAGCAGCUUUCAAAUGCAAUAGAAGCCAAGCAUCCCCUGUUGAAGAACGUCUUCUGUGUUGCAGAUGGAUUGAAGCUGACCUUUCAACAAUGCGAAGAUUUGGACGAGCAAUCCAUGUAUUACAAUGGCUGGACGCACGACCAUUACAUUACAAAUCUGUUUGUUUUCAGCAUCGAUGGAUUCAUUAUCCUGUAUGUCAUCAAUGCCCCUGGCUCUAUGCAUGACUCCACUUUGGCCGAGUACGGAGGGGUAUAUGACAAAUUACACGAAGUCUUCGAACGCACUGGUGGAAAGUGCUGUGUGGAUAGUGCAUUCACAACGAUGUCGAAUCCUUUCUUGAUUAAAUCCUCUCAGAACAUCACAACAGCAACCGAUGCUAUGGAUCUGCUGAUCCAUGAACAGGCCACUUCUCUUCGACAAUCGGCAGAAUGGGGAAUGCGUGCAAUGCAAUCAGCAUUUCCAAGGCUUAAGGAUCGCAUUCACUAUGAAGAGAAUGGCGAACGUAUGGUCGUGCUGCAAUUGUUGACUUUGUUGUACAAUGCCCGUAUUUCUCUUGUUGGAUUGAACCAAUUGCAGAACACAUACGUUCCUUCUUGGAGCGUCGAUGCAGCUUUCUACAUUCAGGAACAAGAAUAG